UUUUUGCAAAUGAAAAUUAUUUGUUAUUUACUUUUUGCUGCUCAGUUUCUUGCGACGAACUCUGCACCACGAUUGUAUUCAGAUUCCUGCGACUUUGAGUAUGUUAGCGAUUACGGCAAUGAAACGGGUAGACCGAUUCCAGCCAACGACUUGGGGACAGCUUGUGCACAGGCGUUUCCUGGCCGUCGCACGGAAUCAGCUGUGUAUAAAAAUUAUUUAGGUGAAGGCUAUCAGUUUGAACAUUUUUUGGAACAAAUGGAAGCUUACGAAGCGAAAAAAUCCGGAAGGGAGUUGUGCCAUAAUGAUGAGUACGCCUUAUUUCUGGAUGAUCGUCGAAGAUUUUACAAGAAAGCCAACUUCUUGGACUGCUACAAUAAAGCCGCUGGUGGUGCCAAGGAUUUUAAAUUACUGGAAUGUGUUGUGGACGAACGGAAGAAAAUUACGAAAGCAAUUAUGGAGGAAAUACAAACAAGAUAUGGUGGCUAGCGUGACCUACAUAAAUAUAAAUUAAAAUAUUUUGUAAUGAAAUUUACUGUUUUGUACUGUAUAUUAAGUGUAUAAACAUCAUCUGGUAUAAUAAAAACUCACACUUGGGGAUUGUUUAUAAACCAUU